CGAUUUCUGGCAUCUUGGACGGGUUUUGAUCAUUACAAAUGUCUCCUCACGGAACUCAGGUGCCAACCUUCACGCGUGUGCGCUCGCUACCCUUCUGCUGGCACCUCUGUCCUCAUUUUCCGUCGACCCGACCCUACGCGACCACCGGGCUGGGCUUGGACCUACGCGCUGCAAUGCUACCUGGUUCCCAAACUCCGAGCGCCCAAUCCAUCCGAACAGACGAAUUGCCACAUCUACGAUUUGCAUUUAUAUCCAGGCGGCGGGCAGCUCGGAUUCGCUGUCAGCACUACGUCACCGGGGGCGAGCGAACGAACUCGCUCGCGUGCUACUGCUCCGCGACCGCCGUGCGACUGCUGCCCGCCGGGUUGGCAGUAGCUACGUGCUACAGCCACCAUCGCUAUGAAGGGCCAACUGCAGCGGCGCGGCGCCGUCAAUGAAUCUGGAGCUGCGGCGGCAGCAGCGACCACCGCUGUGCCGCCCCCCGGCUGCGCCGCGCAGCAGCCCGCUCCCCCGCCUCAGCCCCCGCCCUCUGCGGCCAGGGGCGCGCAGCUGCAGCUGCAGGCCCAGCAAGCCACCACACACCAACCCCAGCUGCAGCAGCCCCAGCAGCCCCAGCCUCAGCCCCAGGGCUGGGACGUGUCGCUGGACGGGCUGUCAGUAGUUGCACUCGGCAUGGUGGCGGCGGCGGUGCAGGCCGUGGGCGGCCCCGGCAGCCCCCUGGGUCAGCUGCUGCUGGCGUGUGAGCUGGCGUUCGCCGGGUACGGCGCCGCCCGGUACGUGGCCUACAACCGGGCGGUGCUGCAGGCGCGGGAGGAGGCCAGGCGGCCCGAGGACGUGGAGGCGCUGUGGCGGCUGUUCAGCCACAACCGGGCGGGGCUGCUGCGGCACGUCCGCCUGGAGGCCUUCCUGCAGGACUGGUUCUGGGGCGACGAGGACGCAGCCGCAGCCGCCGCGGCUGCCGCGACGGCUGCUGUCGGCGGCACGCCUGACACGCCCUCGUCUAGCGCUACAGCUGCGGCUGCUACACCUGCUGCUGAGGCGGCGGCAACUGAGGGCAAGCCGGCGCACGAGCGGCACCGGCUGCAGCUGCCGCUGCCGGCACUGCCACGCCUGCCGCGUCUGCCGCUGCGCCACAAGCCUCACAACAGCCACGGCCGUCACCAGCACCCCCACCAACACCCCCAUCAGCACCCCGCGGGCAGUGGCAAGCAGCGGCCGCCGCCGCACGGGGCCCCGGGGCGUUCUGAGCCGCAGGCCCGGCAGCACUCCGCCUCGUCCUCUUCGCCCUCCUCCUCCGCCUCCUCCUCCGCUGUGGGUGUGAUCCGGCGGGCUGACGCGGCUGACUUCCUGGCCUACGCCUUCUGGGGCAGCACCCGCGAAAAGGUGGCGGCGCUGCCUGGCGGCGCGGCGGCGCUGGAGUCCAAGUUGGCGGCGCUGGAGGCGGCGGCGGGCUGCCGCUUCGCGCCCGGCGGCCCCACACCCGGCCGCCGGGUCAUGGCGCACCUGCGGGAGCCGCUCAAGGUGUCGUACAGGCCCGCGCUGCUGUACGCGCUGACAGAGCUGCUGAGUGUGGCCAAACGCCUCAACCUGGCGCAGCGGGGCUACCACAAGUGGACCCACCCGCUGUUCUCCGCCUACGUCCUCACAUCGCCACCGCACAUGCCAGCCGGCGUUGGCGCCGGCGCCUCUAUAGCUAGCGGUGCCGCCGCUGCAUCGUCCGCCAAGCCCGGCGCAGACCACGCCGCAUCCACCUCCGCAGCCAGUGCUGCCGCUGCGGACGUCUCUGGAUCUGCAGUCGCCGACACUGGCAGUAGCACCAGCAGCAGCAGCCCCAGCGGCAGUAGCACCACCGCCACCGUCACUGGCAAUGAGCUGCUGCAGACCCUGGACCUCGCCCUGCGCAAGCAGCCGCUGCCCACACACCACAGCCACCACCACCAGCAGCAACAGCAGCAGCCGGAGCACACCGAGCUCCUGCUACAGCCCGUCUCCAUGCCGCAUCCCGCAACUGCCACUGCUGCAGCCGCCACAGCCCCGCUGCCACCGCCGCCCCAGCUACAGCCGCCCAUUGUGUUCCUCCACGGCAUCGGCAUCGGGCUGCUGCCGUACCAGCGGCUGCUGGACGAGCUGGCGGCGGCGCACCCGGGGCGGCGGCUGCUGGCGCUGGAGUACAAGCACGUGAGCAUGAGGCUGACGGGGCACGUGCCCAGUGUGGACGAGCUGGCGGUGGGUGUGCGUGACGCUCUGGCGGCCCUGGGCCACCCCCGCGCCACCCUGGUCGGCCACUCGUACGGCACACUGGUCGCCUCGCGCUUCAGCAAGCUCUUCCCGGAGCAGGUCCACUCGCUGGUGCUGCUGGACGCGGUGUGCUUUGGCAUGGUGAUGCCCCAGCUCCUGCGUGGCAGCAUCUACUACCACCUGAGGCCGCCAUCGGAGAUCGUGCCUCAGAACCGGCGCCGCCAGGCGGCCGCCGCAGCCGCAGCCGCCGUGGCUGCGCAAGAGGCUGUGAAGGCCGCCGCUGACGCGGCGGCGGCGGCGAAGGGCGCGGCGGCGGCCGCCGCCAAGGCGGCGGCGGCAGCGCAGGCCGAGACGGAGGUGGCGGAGACGGCGGUGGCGCUGUGUCGUACACACACGCAGGCGGCGCGCGCGACACGCGCGCGAAGCCUGGCGGCGGCGGAGGCGGAGCAGGCGAGUGAGGCGGCGGAGGUGGCGGCAGGCGCGGCGACGGUGGCGGCGGCGCUUGAGGCGGACGUUGCCGGCAAGCUGUUGCAUGCGCACGCGUUCCACGAGCGGUGCGACAUCAGUGGCGGCGGCGGUGGUAGGGCAGCAAACGGCUUCAAGAUAAGCGGAAAGGAGGGCCGCGGAGGCGACAGCAGUAGCAGUAGCGGCAGUGGCAGCGACGCUGUGGCUGGCGGCGGCCUGACCACGCGGCUCGGGGCGUGGGGCACGGGGGCGCGGCUAGCGGCGGCGGUGGCGGCUGCGCGGGUGCGCAUGGCGGCGGUGGCGGCGGAGGCGGCGGCGCGCGAGUGGGCUUGGAUCACAUUCAAGGGCAUGUUUGUUCGCGACCUUCACACCGCUGCGGCCAUGACGGUGCGCUUCCGCUGGGCCGACAUGAACAUGUGGCCCCACCAGCUGCCGCCGCACAGCCUGGUGGUGCUGUCGGGCCGGGACCACCUGGUGGGCGCCGAGGCGCUGGCGGCCAUGCUGCGGGGGGCGGGAUGCGGCGACUGCCUCAUGCUGCACCCGGGGCUGGACCACGGCGAGAUCCUGAAGGACGCCGCCUGGCGGGCCGCGGUGGUGCAUCGCAUCGCGCACGUCACAGCCGAGGCGGAUGCGGACCUGGCGGCGGCGGCACGUGCGGCGCAGCUGCUGCGGCGGCGGCUGGGCCUGGCCGACCGCAGCCGCCGCCGCGGCCUCGAGGGUUCCGCGUCCACUGCUGCUACCGCGGCCACCGCCGCCCCCGCCGCCUCCAAUGCCUCCGGUGCCGCCUCCGGCGCCGCCGCCAACGACACCAGCAACAAGAGCAGCAGUGAGGGUGAGGUGUCGAUAGGCGGCGCAGACGCAGCAGGCGUCGUCGGGACGGCGUCAGCGGCGGCGGCAGCUGUGGAGGCGGCGGCAGGGCUGAUGGAGGGCCUGGCGGCGUUGCCAGAGGCGGCGGCGGCGGUCGCGGCGGCGGGCGGCCGGCGGCGGGCGGUGCUGGCGCGGUCGCUGCUGCGGCGGCUGGUGUGGUCUCUCCCGCCGCUGCCGCCCCCGGUGGAAGAGGGGCUGCUGCGGCUACUGCCGGAGCCCGUGCGCUUCGACCCAUCGGCUACUGCCGCUGCCGAAGGCGGUAUGCCUGCGGCAGCUGCGGCGGCUGCUACAGCGGGUGGAGUGGAGGCCGCGGACACCGCGAGCGGCACGGUGGCCAAUGUUAGCGCCGCCAGCAGCGAUUCCGCAGCGGCAGCACCGGUUACAACGCAGCCGCCGCCGCCGCCACCGCAGCAGCAGCAGCCCCAGACCCACGCUCCCUAUCGCCAUCAUUCCCGGCAGCAGCAGCUGCGAGGCCGCGGCAGCGCCGGCCGCCGUGUGCCGCUGCUCGCCCCGUCGCUUGAGGACCAGGGCUUUGUGGACCUCCACAUCCCGUCUGCCCCUGCUACUGCCGCCCUUGCUACGGCCGCCUCCGGCACUGCCGCUGCCGUGGCUGCAAGUGGCAGUGCGGCAGCGGCAGCGGCAGGCAGUUGCGGGGCUGGCGGCUCCAGUCUCGGGGGCGCCUCGGCUGCAGCUGCGGCGCUGACUGCGGUUGUGGCUAAGACUGAGGUCGCAGGAGGUGGGAGUAGUGACAGCGGCACAGCUGGCUCGGAGAGCUCCAGCAGUGGCAGCAGUGCCUGGAGCAACAACAAGUGGAUCAACAACUUUCAAAGCAGUAGCAACAGCAACAGCGGCAACAAGGACCCCGGCACGGCCUCUGUGGGCGCUGCUGCCGCGGGUGGCUCCCGGCUGCUCGGCCGGGCCCUCCGCCCCACCGCCGCCCGCAUGCGACUGCAUCUGCUGCGCCAGCAGCCGCAGCAGCAGCAGCGCACCCGCAUCAAGGCAUAUGCCGGCAGUAGCAGCCCCGGCAGUAGCGGCCCCGGCAGUAGCGGCCCCGGCAGUAGCAGCCCCGGCAGUAGCAGCCCCGGCAGUAGCACCGGUGCGCCCUCUCAGGGCGCGGAUGGGCCCGCCGCCCGCACUCGCAGCCCCGUUGGCAACCACCGCGGCCCUGGUGGCGGCAGCAGCACCAGCACCAGCACUACUGCCAGCGGCAGUAGGAACAGCAGCAGUAGCGGCAGCAGCAGCCACGACGGCAGCAGCAAGCCCCAUGCCAAAUCCAGUAUGCGUCUGCUUGUGGUGCCGGUGCCCUCAGUGCUGCCCGACUCCGCUGUGCGCACGCUGCUGCUACUGCCGCAGUCCACAGCGGCGCUACUGCCGGUCUUGCCCGACCUGUUGGCGCGGGCGGCGCCGGUGCUUGCGGAGAUGUGGGCGCUGGUGAAACCGCUUAUGCCGCGACUGCUGCGAGCCAUCCUGCCCGUCAUGCCGCGCUUCUUCGCCGCGCUGCUGCCAGUGCUCCCCGCCAUGGCCCACACGCCCCGAGACGCAGGCACGGCCGCAGGACCGGCAGCCGCCGCCGCCGCAGCGGCAGCGGCGGCGCGAUUGCGGGCGGCGGUCGGCACCGGCCCCAUCGCUCGGAUGGCUGUGGGCGCGGCCGUGGCCGCCGGCAGUGCCGACCAGGUCGCCGAGUGCGCCGCAGAAGUGAGCGCCGGCUUGACGUACGGCCCACACGGCGGACCGCCGCACCCGCAUCACGUGAACGUGCAGCAGGGCGGCGGCGCGGCGGCGGCGGUGCCGGCGGCGCGCAGCGUGUGGGAGCGCGCGCUGGGAGUGGCGGGCGUGUGGGCGGCGGCGCUGGCGCUGCUGCCCGAGUGCGCCAUGCCGUACCUGCCGGCCUCCGCAAACUGCUGCUCCGCCGCGGGCGCGGAGAGCAUGUGGGCCGCCGCCACCUCGGCCCCGGCGGGCACAUUUGAGGGUGACGGCGGUGGCGGAAGUGGAGGCGGUGCGACAGGAGGGGCGGGCAGCGUGGGCGGGCAGAAGCCUGUAUCUGCUGCGGCGGCGGCGGCGGUGGGCUUGGGUGCCGGCAGCGGUCCUGUGGGGGGCGGGGUCAGCGGCGGCGCCGCAGUGACGCUGGGCCAACGCCACGGCAGUCUGGGACCGGAAUUCCCGGCGCCUGGUGCGGUAGGCGACGCCGCCGCGUUUGCCGCGUCAGCUGACGCGGCUGCCACGCACAGCACUGCAGCGCCCGGAGCGGCCGGCGGACAAACUGGACGUGUGGCGGUGGCUGCAGCCGCGGCGGUGGCGGUGGCCAGUCGCAACGACGCGGCUGCAGAGGCGGCAGUGGCAGGCGCUGCCGCCACCACCGCCACUGCCGCCGCGGGCGCUGCCGUGGCGGCCGCUGUGGCGGCGUCCGGCGCGGCGGCGGCUGCGGAGUUGCGCUACGCCGCGGCUGCUGCGGCGGCACUGCACCAAACGGCCGCAGCCGACGCGUCGCAGCUAUGGAGCCAAGGCUGGCAGAACCUCACCGCCCCCGGCUUACCCGCCCGCGUCCUGCGACCGCGGCUGCAGACAUUCGAGCGGCAGCCGCUGCUACAGUCGCGGCAGCGGGCGGAAGAGCUGCAACGCUGGCACGCACAGGCCGGCCUGUGGGGUGGCGGCGGGCUGCCGCAGGCGGCGGCCGACGUGGCGACGGCGAUGCAGCAGGGGCUGCAUGAGAGCGGCAUGCUAUCCUUUCGCGGCUGGAGCGGCAGCCUGCGGCGCCAAGUGCUGCUGCGUGGGCGCGGCGGAUUUGCGAGCAGUGCGGGGCGCCGGGGUGCGGGCGGCUCGGCGGAGCCCCGCAACUGGCUCAGUGGACGGCGUGUGUGAUGGAAUGGAGGCGGUGGCAAGACCAUGCGGAGGGAUCUUGCGGAAUGGUGAAGGAAUGCCAUGCACAGGUGAAGAAUUGUAAGUCUUGCAUUGUCGCGUGCGCUGGCAGUGCCUUGAAUGAGAACGCUUCAAGGAUAAAGACGGGUUUUGUGCUAGGUAAAGGUAUGUUGAGUUCUUCGACGGACAAGAAAGUGGGUGCAGAGGAGGUGCAUGAUUGCCAUUUCUAGACAAGCAGAACGCUGCUGGUGUGCGCACGUGCGUGCGUUAGCUUUUUCAGGAGGUGUGUUGAGUAACUUGAGUUCUUCGACGGCGGGCGGUGCCUGUACAAACCGACCCCGGCUAUGUCCGGGAGAUGAGGCUAGUAUCGGAACCUUCGGCCUCAGACGGAGGACGUGGCGUGGCGGCACAGCCCACUUUUCCCUUGCAAGGGAGAGCCACCUUUUCUUGUCAGGAGGUGGUCUCAGGUUGAUUGACAUGGUUGCUUCACUUGCUUGUUGGGUUGACAACUUGACACCAGAAAAUGGUUCGAGACUUCGAGUGGAGAAGUGCGGGGAAUUGUUACUACCGUAACACUCUCCGGCCUCAGACAUGCACCCUGGCGCCCACAUUGCCCUUGAGAGGGAGACCUUUCUUGUCGUAAACGGUGCCGCACUGCCGCUCGUCCGCGAGGCGUAGGAUGCCAAACCGAAGGCUGGCACCCAGCCACCCUUGGCACAGCUGCGGCAGUACGGUAUACUGCUGAGCACCUGCAAGGACCUAGACCGCUGGCUCUGAUCCGAGCCCCCCAGCGUGCACCACGGGGAGCGGCUCGGUGCCAAGGGUGGCGCCAGCACGCCCAGCAGGGGGGGGGGGUAGUUUCGACUGGGAAAGGCCCCAUGUUCUCAAACGAAAGAGCUUGACGAGAGGACUCCAAAUCCACUUUCAGAAUUUCAAUCAGGGUAGUAAUUGCAAAGUUAUGGGCCCUCAAAGUUCAGGGUAGUCUGACAGAAGAGUCGGUGGUCGGCCAUGGACACAUGUGUGGCAUGGCUGCCAGUCAAGUUGUGCCUCCAGCUGAACCGGAGGUAUACAAUUGUAGAGCUCGCCGAGAGCACUCGAUUGACACCGACUUGGCUAAAAACCAA